AUGGGAUGGGGUACUUGAGAUGCUCAAGAUGAGACAUGUGGAUAAUGUCGAAUGCCAUUUGACAGUUCUUGUUCUGAUUGCAAACUCCCCGGGGAUGAUUGCCCUCAAAGUAAGUUCCUACACAUGUAGACUAUUACGGUUACUGGGCAGUUUGGGGAGCUUACAACCAUUCUUUUCAUCUCAUUGUAUACUGAAGUGGGUUAAUUCACAGACGAGCCAAGCUCAUUACCCUAUGUGCCAGAGAGUAUGGAAAUACAAAGAGUGACUAUAGUGGAGAUAGAGAAAGAGGAAGACUUUAUGUUGCGCCUUGAUUAGAUUAUCAUGUAGAGAUGUGUUAAAUCAUUAUUCCGAGUUUAGUACACCCUUGUAUGAGUUUUAAUGGAUGCAACUACAAGUAACGACAAAACUGUAAUAGAGAUUUUGG